CAGAGAGAAGGACUCUCGCGGCUGACUAUAAAAAGCAAAGUGCGCGCUACAAUGUAUCGUUGAGUCAUUUUGUCAAACGAAGUCAUUUGAAGCAUGUCAGGAAGAGGCAAACAAGGCGGAAAGACCCGGGCCAAGGCCAAGACUCGUUCAUCUCGGGCCGGCCUUCAGUUCCCAGUCGGCCGUGUUCACCGGCUGUUGAGAAAAGGCAAUUAUGCCGAGCGGGUGGGAGCCGGAGCUCCAGUCUACCUGGCCGCGGUGCUCGAGUAUCUGACCGCCGAGAUCCUGGAGUUGGCCGGCAACGCUGCCCGGGAUAACAAGAAGACUCGUAUCAUCCCCAGGCACCUGCAGCUCGCCGUGCGCAACGACGAGGAGCUCAACAAACUGCUCGGAGGGGUCACCAUCGCCCAGGGCGGUGUCCUGCCCAACAUCCAGUCUGUGCUGCUCCCCAAGAAAACCGAGAGCGCCAAAUCUGCCAAGAGCAAGUGAGCUCUCCCCUCAACAAAAUACUACUGCCCUCACCACUAACCCAAAGGCUCUUUUCAGAGCCACC